AUGGCCAACAAUGUGCAGCUGUGUCGGGGACUGAGGGAAGGUACUUUGAGCUGCUGGUAUCAGAAGCCUGCCCUGUCAGCAGAGCUCAUCCAGCAGCACCCUGCUCCCAGUGCCACUGCUCUUAGCAUCAGCGUGGCCACAGAAGAAGGCAAAGAACAGCUACGAAGUAAUGACAUCUGCACCGGGCAGACGUUUCUGAUUGACAAGGGCUGUGGGCCAGGUCCUGGUGUCGUCCACCUUGGGGCUCUCGGGACAGGAAAUUCUGAGGGAAGAGAUCCGGGCGUAGUGCGUCUACAGCACCUAGGUGAAAGGCAGAGUCGCCCGGCAGGUGAACUUCGCUGCCGAACUCCGGGAGUGAUCGGCCCGGCGUGGCGCAUGCGCGCUAGGACGCGGAGCCCGGUGGGCCCACAGCUGUUUGGCCUAGCCCGGCGCUCGGAGCUGGUCCAGCCCCAGGGCUCCGUCAUCGGGCGUCAUUGGCUCAGGCGCCAGGACUGUCAGCACCUUCUCCCGCCCCUGUCCAGACAGGCAGUGGCCGCGGCGCCAAGGGGGCGGAGCUGCCCGGAGGGCUCUUUGUCUAUGGAAGCGGGGUCUCACUAUGCAGUCCUGGAUGGCCAGAAAUUCACUUUGCAGACCAGUCUGGCUCCAGACUCACAGAGAUCUUCCUGCUUCUGCAUCCUGAAUGCUGGAUUAAAGGAGGAGAACAUGGAGGAGAAAGAAAUGAAUGAUGGAUCACAGGUUGGAGGGUGCCAGGAAUUGCUGACAUUCAAGGACGUGGCUGUGGACUUCACCAGAGAGGAGUGGGCACAGCUGACCCCUGCUCAGAAGAAUCUCUACCAAAACGUGAUGCUGGAGAACUACAGGAAUCUGGUAGCACUAGGGUAUCAACUUUAUAAGCCAGAGGUAAUCACGCAUUUGGAACAGGAAGAGCAGUGGAUGCUAGAAAGCAGCAGCCAACUGGACGCUCCUCCAGAUGGAGAAAACAGACCUCAAAUGAAAAAGUCAACUCUCAACCAGAAUAUUUCUGAUGAAAAACAAACCCAUGAGGUUAUAAUGGAAAGACUAACAGGAGACAGAUUCUGUUACUCCAUCUUAGGAGGACUCUGGGAUUUCGAUUAUCAGUUAGAAUUUAAUCAGGAAAGCCAGAAGAGACAUUCGGAACAAGUAUCUUUCACCCACCAAAAGAUUACACAGAGAAGCAUGGAGUGUAAUAAAUUUGAGGAAAGCUAUAAUCUGAACUCAAACCUUAUUAUGCAUCAGAGAAUUCCUCAAGUUAAAAUACUUCUUCAUUAUGACACACAAGAAAAUAGCAUCAAACAUAAUUCAAACUUGAUUUAUUGUCAGGGAAAUUAUGUAAGAGAAAAUCCCGAUGACUAUAAUGAAUGUGGAAAAACCUUCAACCAGCAUAAUGUUCUUACUAAUUGUAUUCAUGUCAGAGAGAAGUGCAAUGAAUGUGGAAAGGCUUUCAGCCACAAUUCAUCUCAUAACCAACCUCAGAUAGUCCUUGCAGGAGAAAAACCCUAUAAGUGUGAUGAAUGUGGGAGAAGAUUCAGCCAGAGAAUACAUCUUAUUCAACAUCAGAGAAUCCAUACAGGGGAAAAACCUAUCAUAUGCAAUGACUGUGGGAAAGCCUUCCGUCAACAUUCAUCCUUUACUCAGCAUCUGAGAAUCCAUACUGGAGAAAAGCCCUACAAAUGUCAUCAGUGUGGCAAAGCCUUUAGCCGUAUCACAUCUCUAACUGAGCAUCAUAGGCUUCACACUGGAGAGAGACCUUAUGAAUGUAGUUUUUGUGGGAAAACCUUCAGUCAGAGAACACACCUUAAUCAACAUGAAAGGACUCAUACAGGAGAGAAGCCCUAUAAGUGUAAUGAAUGUGGUAAAGCCUUCAGUCAAAGCGCACACCUUAACCAACAUAAGAAAAUACAUACCCGUGAGAAAGUAUGUAAAUAUAAAUGUGAGAAAACCUCAACCCAAAGUCCUCCCCUUAGUGGCACAUAACUUAUGACGGGGGGAAAAUAUGAAUGUAUAGAUGUGUGAAAAUUCUAAACUCAUUUUUUCCAUUCAUUAUCAAAUUAUUUGGUGGAGAGAAAGCUCAUGAGUAAGCUUUCAAAAAGUAUUUUUAUGCCAGGCAUGGUGGAGCACGCCUUUGAUCACAGCCUUUGGGAG